AUGGCACGCGCACUCGACGCCAACGGCGCCUUUAAGGUCUUCAUUAUUGGCCGGCGGGAAGGUGUCCUUCAGGAAACAGCCGCUUCUGCCGUCAACGGAUCGAUCAUUCCUGUCACUGCGGAUGUGACGUCUAAAGAGUCACUGCAAGCCGCCUACGACACCGUUGCUUCUCAGACCGACCACAUUGACCUGCUAGUUGCCAACAGCGGAAUCGCAGGUCCCAUUACAAACACAGAGAUCCAGCCCGAUUGCUAUCCCACCCUAUCCGAGUUUCGCGACCAGUUCUGGUCGAUCCCCAUGGAGGAAUUCACAAAUGUGUCCCAUGUCAAUGUCACGGGAGCGUUCUACACCAUAUUGGCAUUCUUGCCGCUGCUUGAAGCCCAGAACAAGAAACGACCGGCGCCGAUACCGGGCACUGUAUCCUCUCCCAAACCACAAGUGAUCAUUACAGGCUCAAUUGCAGGGUUUACCCGCCUUGCACUUCCCGGCUUCCCAUACAAUCUAUCCAAGGCAGCAGUGACCCAUAUGGUUAAGAUGCUUGCGACAACCUUCAGUCAAUACGACAUGCGUGUCAAUGGUAUCACACCAGGUCUUUAUCGUACUGACAUGUCGUUGCCGUUUUACAAGUCGCAGGGUGUACGUGGGAAUGGGACCGAGGAUGGGUCGUUUCCACGAUCUAUGGUUCCCGUCACAAGGAGUGGUAGUGAAGAAGACAUGGCCGGCAUUAUACUCUGGAUGGCUGGUGCCGCGGGGGGAUACCUGAACGGGAAUAUUGUCGUUAGUGAUGGAGGCUCGGUGAGUGUUGUGCCCUCGACUUAUUAA